AUGUGGUGCAACCGAGUUCACUGCACCCUCGCCCUGCUCUCCAUCGCCUUGGCAGUGCUGAAUGGGGGCGCCGCUUCCACAGCCGACAGGUAUCGAGAAAUCCUCGAGACAUCCAUGGAUCAGGACCUUCUGAAGGACACAAUGAUCCAGCUUUUACAUGUGGUAGCGGAUGCAGACAAGGAUGUUGUGGAAGUGGAUGAUUCUAAAGUUGAGAUUCCACCAGAUAACGAGAUUCCAAUGAAAUUCCAACAUCGUCAACAGGGAACAAGAAUGCGGAAAAACUGCAAGAAUUUCUUCUGGAAGAGCUAUGCUUUAUGCUAA